AUGUCUUACGACGACGACGAUUUCGAUCCUGCAUCGCUUUAUCGAACCUUUGCCGAUGUGAAAAAGGCGCCCGCACCCAAACAGGACAAUACUGGCUGGACCAAGAAAUUCAAUACUCUAAAUUUCGAGCCACAUGAGUCUACGGCGAAAUUUCAAUUCAAGCAUUUCGAGCCACUCGAGAUUAUCCAACCCUCCCUCGAAAGAUACACGUACACCACCGAGGCUGCCAUCUCUGCCAAGCAAAGCGCUGUUAAUCGGUUUGAUAAGAGAGUUCAGCGCAAGCGGAUUGUCAUUUGCUGCGAUGGAACCUGGCAAUCAUCAGUCACCGGGCUGAAGAAUAUUCCGUCCAACGUCACUCGAUUGGCUCGAUCUAUUGCUCGAUCGGCCGAAGACGAGGAUGGUAACAUCUGGCAACAAGUUGUAUACUACGAUGCCGGAAUCGGCUCGGGUGAGAUCAGUGUUUUCGAAAGCGCUCGCGCGGGAGGAUUCGGUGUCGGUUUUGUUGGAAACGUGGUUGAGGCUUAUAGCUUCAUCGUUAAUAACUACCGAUGGGGAGACAAGAUAUACUGCUUCGGAUUCUCCCGAGGUGCGUAUACCGCCCGCGCCGUGGCAGGGCUUGUGACGGAUAUCGGCAUCAUCCGCCCCCAGGACCUCCACGACUUCCCUGAUCUCUUUGAAGAGUACCAGAAGCACGACAACAGCUUUGCAUUCCGUCAGUCCCAUCACUAUCGAGAGUGGAUCACCGGAGUUCGCUCAGAUUCUCCCGGAAAAGCUUGGAUCAAACCUCCCCGAGAGGCUCCGCCAGAGAGCUCCAGAGUAGUUGAAGUUAUUGGUGUCUUCGACACGGUGGGCAGCCUUGGUAUCCCGGAGCUUACGUACACUCAAAGUGCUUUGAGAUGGGUCGGCAAGCAGAUGGGAUGGAAUCAUGGUGAUUUCCACAAUAUUGGAUUGAGUCCAUUCAUCAAGCACGCUUACCACGCAUUAGCUCUCGAUGAGCGGCGAAAGCCCUUUACACCUUCACUCUGGCAAUACCCAACAGAGGAAGAGCUGUCACCACCCCAACCCGAAAAGCCUUCGAGCGAGCUCCAACAAUUCUACGAAUACGUACAGGAAAAUCCAGACGGAACCGAAGAGGAGCAUAAAUCAGAUCUGAUGAAGGCUUGGGAGGCUCUUGUCAAAGCCGAGAUGUAUGAUCAGCUGAAAGGAAGCAUGAAGUUCCAGUUGAACGGAACUAGACCUGAGCUUCAGCAGGUUUGGUUUCCCGGUGUCCACAUCAACGUCGGGGGCGGCGACAACUCUCCCCUGAAUGGACAGGACUGCGACUACGAGCAAAUCGCGCUCAUCUCCUUUGCGUGGAUGUGCGAGAGGAUCGCACCUCAUCUCCUGCUGAACAGCGAAGGCGGAGACUUAGGGGGUUUUGCAGCGGACGCCAUGAGAGACAGGGCGAACAUUAUUCGAGCCGUAACGAGCGAGAAGGAUUUUGGCCAGAAUGCGUUCAGCAAGACCCUCUACAAGGGACUGGAAAAGGUCGGUGCCUACGCAGCCUCGAUGAAAACCGUCUCUGACGUCGUCGAAAAUGGCUGGGCGAGGGGGGUGAUUGUCGACAGCUUCGCCGGAAUGAUGAAGCUCGGAAAGUCCCUGAACCGAACCCCAGGAGAAUACAAAUACGACAAGGCCGGAAACAAACCUGGAGUAACUUGCGAGACGAUUCACCCAACGGUCACCUUCCGAAGGGACAAGGUUGAUGGGUACAACCCGCCUGCUUUAGCUGGGUUCAAGAGAUCAAACGGCCCAGUGCAGGAUCCGGACACAAAGGAGUGGCGGUACGAGUGGAGAAAGGAGGAGGUCGUCAUCCCUGAGUUUGUCAUCAACAAGGAAGACAUCUUCUCCCGUCGCCUUGCUGAACAAGACAAGAUGGGUCUCCCUUUUCUGCGUUCGGUGGACGACGAGUUGAGAAAGUGUGCGACGGUUUGA